UUCUCACAUUUAACCCGCACCUUCCCUAGUUGAAGGUCUCUACUUCUGAUUUUUUUUGCUAUCAGAUUAUGGAUGAAAUAAUGGAAACACCAUCUAUGGCCAAAGAACUAGAAGCAGCAAAGAGGGUAUUAUCUUCCCUUAAAGAAGAAGGCUUCAAAUGCAUGGCUUCUCUGGACGAUAUAAGAGGUGAGUUAAAGCAUGUCUCCUAUGAGAAAGCUCUGUCAAAGAAGAAACAACAGAAGUCUGACUUAAUCAUCCAGAAACUCAACUCCAAGCUUCUACAAGCAAACGCCAAGCUGGAAGCCACAUCUUUAAAUCAAGAAAAAGUCAACUCCCUCUCCUCAAAUCUUUCCCUCACUCUUAAGCAGGCAGAGGAAGCAGCCGGGACUGCCCAGAAAGAAAGAGCUGCUGCCAUGGAAGAAACUGCAAAGAUUAAAGAAGAAAUCAAGGAAAUGGAUUUGGAGACAAGUCUGGCUAAGGAGAAGCUACAGGCUGCUGUGAAAGAGCUUAAGAAGGUGAAGUCAUCAGAAGGGAGUGCACUGGAGAAUCUAAGAGCAGUUGUGGGAAAGACAGUGAUGGAAAGAGCUUCCAUGAAAAGCUCCAAGGUGGUAAUCUCGAGAUUUGAAUUUGAAUACUUGAUGGGGAAUGCGGCUAUGGCAGAAGAGAUUGCAGACAAGAAAGUUGCAGCAGCUGAAGCUUGGGUCAGAGCUUUGAAAGAAAGCGAGAAGGAAAUCUUGAUGAGAACUGAAAUGCUGGAGAGGGAGGCCAGAGAGCUUAAGGCAGAUUAUAGGCUUCUUUUAGAGAAAAGACUCCAUGCCAAGAAAAUCAACACUUAGAUAUCAGCUUCUUCCUGGGAUAUUGAGGAUACUUGCUAGCGGUUGCCAUGUUUUUUGACUGGAAAGAGUUCUAGCUUGGGAGGUAAAAUGGCUUAUGAGUUAUGAGCCAUUGGAGUAUGUGUGGCUUUGUUUGGUGGUAAAAUGGCUUAUGAGUUAUGGGCAAUUUUUUGGUUGGUUUAAUUUGACCAAUUUCAACUAAGCUAGUUGAGUAGCCAAAAUGAGUAUGUCUUAAAAAUAGCGAUUCCAAAUAGAUCUUUUAUUUGCUAAAAGUUGCAUAUAGCAGCUCUAGACACACUCCAUUCUUUGUUUUCUUUUGCUUUACAUCUUUAGGUUAAUCGAUUUAGUUAUUCCUCCAAAUGGUUGAAUCCCCAACUCUAGGGCUCUCCAUUCCUCAUUCCAAUGAGAUAUGAGAAAUCGUAAAUCACACGGGAGUUGUAACCUCAACACGAAUUACACGACCGCUGUGAGUUUCGAUCCUGGUUUAUUCUUUCAACUUUCUCACCACACUCAAUUGAGCUGCAUGUGCGGGCUAAUCGAUUUAGUUAUGAAACAAAGUUAACUAUGUUACUUUUAGUUAUUUCAAUACCUUUAAUUGUAUUCCUUCUGUCUUUAAAAC